AUGACCCAAAGGCACCGAGUCAGGCUUCUUUUUAUGGUCAGUUUGGCAUUGCAGAUCAUCCAUUUGGGAAACAGCUAUCAAAAUGAGAAACACAAAGGUGGUCGAGAAGAAGUCACCAAUAUUGCCGCUCAGAAGCACCAACACGCUACACCCAACUGGACCCUGGAUAAUUUUAGCGCGGCGAACGGGGGCGAGGAGCGCUGGGGUCCCCAGGAUUCCCGUUCCUGCUCCCCGGCUUUCCGAGAGCGUGCGCCCCCGCGGCCGCGCUGCUGCCGGAACGGCGGCACCUGCGUGCUCGGCAGCUUCUGCGUGUGCCCCGCCCACUUCACCGGCCGCCACUGCGAGCACGACCAGAGGCGCAGCGAAUGCGGCGCCCUGGCGCACGGAGCCUGGACCUUCCGCGGCUGCCGCCUCUGCAGGUGCGUCUUUGGGGCCCUGCACUGCCUCCCCCGCCAGACGCCCGGCCGCUGUGACCUGAAAGACUUUCUGGCCUCCCAUGCUACUGGACUGAGCGCAGGUGGAGCGCUGAGUUUCCUCUUCCUGCUGCCCUGUGUCCUCCUGCAUCGCCUCCUCCGAGAAGGGGGAGACGCAUAA